AUGGGUUGGAGGUACCAUGCUGGGUUGGGGCUGAUUGGAGCUUUUGUCUUAAUAUGGGUCAGCUCUGCAGAAAUAACACAGAGGAUUUUUGCAGAGUAUAAACAGCCUUUUGCACUCACUUACCUUGGAGUAUCAGUGAUGGUGAUCUAUUUUCCCAUUUCAGUUUUCAAAAAGUGGAUCUGUAGCUUACUGAAAAUUUUAUUUAGAAACAUACAUGAGGACUACACAUCUGUUAGUAUUUCCACUGAACUCGGCGUCCCUUUUAGAAUCAAUGAGAUUUGCCAAAGACCAGAAUCCUAUCUAAAGGGUAGUCUGAUUACUGACAAAGAAAUUAGAGAAAGAGAAGAAGGAAUGCCUUUGGUCAAGAAAGAAGAGGAUGAACCUCCCUUGCUUCCGCAAAGUUCUGAAAAUAGUUCAUGGAAAAUUGCUAAGUGUGGCUUGUACCUCACUCCAAUAUGGUUUGCACAAGAGUAUUUUUCAAACAUGGCACUUGCAAACACUAGUGUUGCUAGUACAACAGUUCUUAGUUCCAUGUCAGGUCUCUUUACCCUUUUCUUUGGAGCUCUUCUAGGCCAGGACUCAGUAAAUAUAACCAAAAUAGCUGCUGUUUUAAUCAGCAUGGCUGGUGUUGCCAUGACAACUGUUGGCAAAACUUGGGCAGCAGAUGAGCAAAUCAGCAUCUCUGAGACUCAGAAGCAUUCUAUCACUGGGGACAUUUUUGGUCUACUCUCAGCACUAUGUUAUGCCUUAUUCACAGUGCUUCUCAAGAAUUCUGCCGGAUCAGGAGACAAGGUUGACAUGCAAAAGCUUUUUGGCAGUAUUGGUCUCUAUAGUAUUCUUGGAUUUUGGUGGCUAGCAUGGCCAUUAAAUGCUGUGGGAAUUGAACCCCUUUUCAAAUUUCCAAGUUCAAUGUCCACUUGGGAGAUUGUUAUUGCAAAUAGCAUUUGCUCAAGCGUAAUUUCAGAUUACUUAUGGGCCCUUUCUAUAGUUUGGACAGCUCCUUUGGUUGCUACAUUGGGCAUGUCUUUAACAAUUCCCGUUGCCAUGAUAGCUGACAUGGUUAUACAUGGCCGCAAGUACUCAGCAAUGUACAUUCUUGGAUGCAUUCAGGUUCUUGCAGGGUUUAUAUUAGCAAACCUUUCGGGUAAAUUUUCAAGAUGCGACAGAGAGUUAAGUAGGUGA